AUGAGGUUUGCUACUGCGGUGCUUAUUAAAGAUGAACAAGAGGUUUUGUUUCCGAACAAUUUAUCAAUAGCAUCACACAAAUCGAGAAUGUCGGUUUCUGCUAUUGCUCCCAGACGGAAAAGACUUGCAGAAGGUUUGAGUGUCACUCAAAAAGUGUUUGUAAGGUCCCGUAACGGAGGCGCUACCAAGAUUGUAAGAGAGCACUAUUUGAGAUCGGAUAUUCCAUGUCUCUCGAGAAGCUGUACGAAGUGUCCGCAAAUUGUUGUCCCCGAUGCUCAGAAUGAGUUGCCCAGGUUCGUUUUGUCUGAUUCUCCCUUAGAGUUAGGCGCGACCAUCGGAAAGCACUAUGUCGUGCUGGAUACCAACGUGGUGUUACAGGCGAUCGAUCUUUUGGAGAAUCCAAAUUGUUUUUUCGACGUCAUCGUCCCGCAGAUUGUUUUGGAUGAAGUAAGAAACAAAUCGUACCCGGUGUACACGAGAUUGAGAACCCUAUGUAGAGACAGUGAUGAUCUCAAGAGAUUUAUCGUGUUUCAUAACGAGUUCAGUGAGCACACCUUCGUGGAGAGACUUCCAAACGAGAGUAUUAAUGACAGAAAUGAUAGAGCUAUCAGGAGGACCUGUCAAUGGUACAGUGAGCACCUGCAACCCUACGGUAUAAACGUUGUUCUUGUCAGCAACGAUCGUUUGAAUAGAGAGGCCGCUACAAAGGAAGAGGAUAUCAAUAUAAUAACCAAGAGUUUGGUACAGUACGUCGAGUUACUGCCAAACGCAGACGAAAUCAGAGAUUCUAUCCCUCAAAUGGACUCCUUUGAUAAAGACCUAGGAAGCGACACAUUUUCAGAUUUCAUGUUCCCAGAGUACUAUUCCACGGCAAGAGUCAUGGGUGGUCUGAAAAACGGUGUUUUGUAUCAAGGUACUAUUCAAAUAUCGGAGUACAAUUUCUUGGAAGGUUCGUUGAGUCUCCCUAGAUUUUCCAAGCCAGUGCUGAUUGUGGGCCAGAAAAACUUGAACAGAGCAUUCAACGGUGAUCAGGUCAUUGUAGAACUACUGCCUCAAUCGGAAUGGAAGGCUCCCUCGUCCAUUGUUUUGGACUCUGAACAUUUCGACGUUAACGAUAAUCCCAACAUUGAAGCGGGCGAUGACGAUGAAAAUAACGAAGUCUCUUCUAAUACCACUAUAAUUUCCGAUAAGCAACGUAGGCUGCUGGCUAGAGAUGCUAUGAUAGCCCAAAGGUCUAAAAAAAUCCAGCCCACAGCGAAAGUCGUAUACAUUCAAAGAAGAUCUUGGAGACAGUACGUGGGUCAACUAGCGCCAAGUUCUGUGGACUCACAAAGCAGUAGUACUCAAAAUGUCUUCGUUAUCUUGAUGGAUAAAUGUCUUCCAAAAGUUAGGAUCAGAACAAGACGUGCCGCUGAAUUGGUCGAUAAAAGGGUCGUGAUCUCCAUUGAUUCAUGGCCCGCCACUCAUAAAUAUCCACUGGGUCACUUCGUCAGAGAUCUGGGUACGAUUGAAUCUGCUCAAGCAGAAACUGAAGCUUUACUAUUGGAACAUGAUGUCGAGUAUAGGCCUUUUUCCAAAAACGUUUUGGAAUGUUUACCUGCAGAGGGCCACGAUUGGAAAGCUCCAACGAAGCUGGAUGAUAUGGAAGCUAUCGCAAAGGAUCCAUUAUUGACGAAGAGGAAAGACCUUAGAGAUAAAGUGAUAUGUAGUAUUGAUCCUCCAGGUUGUGUUGACAUCGAUGAUGCACUGCAUGCAAGGAAACUUCCAAACGGUAACUGGGAAGUUGGUGUUCAUAUUGCCGACGUCACUCAUUUCGUUAAGCCAAGCACUGCUUUGGAUGCAGAAGGUGCCGCAAGAGGUACCUCUGUCUAUUUGGUGGACAAGCGUAUUGAUAUGUUGCCUAUGCUUUUAGGUACCGAUUUGUGUUCUUUGAAACCAUACGUUGAUAGAUUUGCGUUUUCAGUAAUGUGGGAAUUAGAUGACAAUGCUGAUAUUGUAAAUGUUGAAUUCAUGAAAUCCGUCAUUAAAUCUAGAGAAGCAUUCUCAUAUGAGCAAGCACAACUAAGAAUUGAUGAUAAGAAUCAAGAUGAUGAGUUGACAUUGGGCAUGAGAGCUCUCUUAAAAUUGUCUAUAAAAUUGAAGCAAAAAAGACUAGAGGCAGGUGCCUUGAAUUUGGCCUCUCCUGAGGUUAAAGUCCAUAUGGAUAGUGAAACAUCAGAUCCAAACGAAGUCGAAAUCAAAAAGUUACUGGCAACAAACUCCUUAGUUGAAGAAUUCAUGUUGUUGGCGAACAUCUCGGUCGCAAGGAAAAUAUACGAUGCCUUUCCUCAGACUGCAAUGCUAAGAAGACACGCAGCUCCACCAUCUACAAAUUUUGAAACUUUGAAUGAAAUGCUAAACACAAGGAAAAACAUGUCCAUAUCAUUGGAAUCAUCCAAGGCCUUGGCGGAUUCUCUGGAUAGGUGUGUUGAUUCCGAGGAUCCAUACUUUAACACCUUAGUUCGUAUCAUGUCGACACGUUGUAUGAUGGCGGCCCAGUAUUUCUAUUCCGGGGCCUACUCCUAUCCUGACUUUAGACAUUACGGACUAGCUGUUGAUAUUUAUACACACUUCACAUCACCUAUCAGACGUUACUGUGAUGUCGUCGCACAUAGACAAUUAGCGGGCGCUAUUGGGUAUGAACCUUUAAGUUUGGCUCACCGUGACAAAAAUAAAAUGGAUAUGAUUUGCAGAAAUAUUAACAGAAAACAUAGAAAUGCCCAAUUUGCCGGCAGAGCAAGUAUAGAAUAUUACGUUGGCCAGGUUAUGAGAAGUAACGAGUCCACAGAAACCGGUUAUAUUAUUAAAGUUUUCAAUAAUGGUAUAGUUGUGCUGGUUCCCAAGUUUGGCGUCGAGGGAUUAAUAAGACUGGACAAUUUGACCAAGGAUCCAAACUCUGCCACCUUCGAUGAAGUGGAAUACAAAUUAACUUUUGUGCCUACAGAUUCAAAUAAACCAAGAGACGUUUAUGUUUUCGAUAAGGUUGAAGUUCAAGUGAGAUCUGUAAUGGACCCUAUCACUAGUAAACGUAAAGCAGAAUUGCUAUUGAAGUAA